AUGUACGAGGCGGCACGGGCGACAGACAAGGCAACGUGCGAGGCCAACAUCGACAAGAUCGCGGCCCUCAACCCAGCUGCCGGGAAGUACAUCCGCCUGCAACCCCGCCACGAGUGGGCGAUGUACGCUACCCGCGGCAACGUCGUCCAAGACCAGGUCACGUCCAACAUGUCGGAGACGGCCAACAACAUGAUGGGACCGGAUACACGGUCGAAGGCGCCGCUGGAUUUCUUCAUGGACACCGCCUUUCAGGGCCUCGACAAGCUCGCGAGCCAGGCGAACAUCCAGAUCAACAACCCGGCCGCCGUGCACACCCCACACGCGGUGAAAGUGCUUCACGCCGAGAUGGAGUGGGCGAAAACGUGCGACGUCAGCAAUGUUGGAGGAGACACGUUUGUCGUGUUCCCGAGCGGCAACCGCCGCCACUACAACCGCGUGGAGCUCACCUUCGAUGAGGACGACCCCACGAAACACCACUACACGUGCACGUGCGGCUUCUGCAAAAGGUGGCGCAUCCCUUGCCGCCACGUCGUCGCCGUGGCGAAAGGCGGGCCGCCGCAAGACCAAACGCCAGACCAGGCGCAAGAUGAGCAACGGCAAGUACGCGACGACCUCGCGGAGCUAANGGAGCUCCUCGACGAGGGAUACCGCUUGGACAAGGUCCGUGCCGCUGCAUGGGACGAGCGGUACCGCGUCACCCCCCCCGUGUGGGCCGCCCUCAGCGUCAACCCCAACCACAAGCCACCCCUGCCGGUGGACGGGCAGGCGGGCCGCCGCAAGACCAAACGCCAGACCAGGCGCAAGAUGAGCAACGGCGAGUACGCGACGACCUCGCGGAGCUACGCUCUCCACCUGGCGAGGUCCAACGCCCAGGGCGCCUCCGCUUCCGCCUCCACCUCGGUGGCGGCCGCGGCCAGCGCCCACGCCAACCACAUCGCGAACCUCUCGCAGGGGCAGCCGCAGGGCUCGGGGGAGACGUAG